GUCCGGCCAGCCGCAUGGACGUCCUGCCUGCCUUGCUGGGGGUUUCAAGCCUCAGAGGAACUUCACGCAGAUCAAGGCUACCCUCCCCUCCGGCAGCUACGCUACCUCCUCGCGGACUACAUGCCGUUCUCGGGUAGAGGUUGAUGUAAGUCAUCCACACUUUCAUCCUCUGUUUUGACUCUUGUUCCUGAAUGGCUAUGUUGAUGAGACGCAUUAUUUCUGAAAUUGUAGACUCAGCUCGAGGAGGCCUAUGCAGUAGCUUACGCGGAGUAUCUCGAGAAGAUUAAGGAGCAUGACCUUGUGAAAGAUGCCUAUGUCCAGUGGACGAGCAACCAGAUGGCGAGUUUCACUCGGUUCAUGAUGACUGGAGUGCGAGAGGAACCACUCCCAGAGCCACCUCAUCCGGGGCCGACGCCAGUGUUCCCGUCCAAGGAGGAGUUCUAUAUCAUGUACAAGCGUCAGCGUCAGUUGACCCCGGGAUUGGGAGAAUCCGGGAACGACACUCCUUGUGGUACGCCGAUGCACCCCGGUCGCCAUUCUCCUGGUGCUUCUGCCGAACCUCGGCAUUUUUCUGGUUCCGGUGGCUCUCGUCGUGGUUCUACCUCCCCGAGCACCGUCGAGAUACAGCGGCCUCACUUCACCGACUCGGAGCUAGCUCGUCACUGUAGCUAGAUCGUCACUCGGGUGGUGCACCACCAUAGUUUCUACAUUGUACUAGCACAUGAUGACACGCUCCAUCUUUGUAGUGGAUCCGGUGUAUGUACCAUGGUCUUGUAUGCUAUAUUUGUGCUAUUUGUGAGAUUUGAUGCUAUAUUUGUGAGAUUUGGUGCUAUACGGUGAUAUCUUUGUGCUAUAUGGUGCUAUAUAUGUUACUGCAUAUUCAAUCCUAUAAUAUGUGCAUUUUGUGCGAUUUUCUGAGCAAAUGAGGCCAA